AAGACGCAGCGGGAUUCUGAGGUAAUGGAUCUUCACGGAGACAGUGCUAAGGAUAGAGGCAGAUUUUUCCCUCUGAAGGAGUCUUAUCGGAAAGAUGAUGUGCAAGGACCGCUUUUGAUGCAGCCUGUUCUGCCUGUUUUUGAGGGCAUCAAUACUACUCGCCUAUCAUGGUUGACUGGGGAAGUUACUAGAUUGGGAGCAGUCGCAUUUCAUGGUGGUACAGAUUACAUGUUAGCUGAAUGCUGGAUCGAGAACAUGGAGACCUAUUUUAAGAUGAUUAUCUGUACUGACGUUGAGAGGUGGAUAGUAGCUACAUUUCUCCUUCAGGAUGAGGCAAAGCAGUGGUGGGAUUUUGUACUGAAGACAAAGGAUGUGGCCACCUUGACCUGGAGAUGUUUUGUUGGACUCUUUCGAGAUAAGUAUUUUCCGGCUUCUGCUAGAGAGCAAUUGGGGAUCGACUUUAUCUCAUUAGUUCAAGGAACUAUGAGUGUCAGAGACUAUGAGGCUCGAUUUUCACAAUUGUAUCGGUUUGUCUGGCCGAUGGAUGCAGAAAAGUUGGCUCGUAGGUUCGAACAAGGAUUGAACUAUGAGAUCAGGGAGAGGAUGAUUAUCCUUCGACUGCCUACUGUGGCAAUGAUAUUGGAUAGGGCUAUAGCAAUCGAGCGGGAACUCCAGGCUUCUCGUGAGGAGUCAUCAAUCGUAGGAGAUUCCCGAGGAAAGGGAAAGGCAAUUGCGGAAGGCAGUGAUGCACCAGGUACUCAGGAUGGGUCUCGGAAAAGACAGAAGACUUGUCAGCAGGCUCCUGUUGGUGUAGCCGCUGAACCUACUUGGAUUGCACCUGUUGGGCAAGCUGUGCCUUUGAGAUGUUUUAACUGCAACGAGUUGGGGCAUGUGGCUAGGAAUUGUGUGAAGCCGAAGUGCAGGAAAUGUUACAAGUGUGGGCUGAAGGGACAUGUUGUUCGGGAGUGUACCCAACCUAAGGUUAUGAGAGAGAGGACUCAUCAGCAGGCGCCAGCUAGGGCUGCAGCUGCACCUGUUAGGGUUGCACCUGUGGGGCAGGUGGCAAACCAUAAGUGUUUCAAUUGCAAUGAGAUGGGCCAUGUUGCUCGAGUUUGCACGAGACCGAAGAAUUUGGUAUGUUUCUCAUGUGGCCAGACAGGGCAUUUCUCAAGGGAUUGUACCCAGCAGCAGGGUAGGGGACAAGGGAACCAGCAGAGACAACUGCCUCAGGGGCAAACUAGGGUGUUUGCUAUUGAUCAACAGAAUACCGAGGAAGAAGGUAAUGGAUCUUCACGGAGACAGUGCUAAGGAUAGAGGCAGAUUUUUCCCUCUGAAGGAGUCUUAUCGGAAAGAUGAUGUGCAAGGACCGCUUUUGAUGCAGCCUGUUCUGCCUGUUUUUGAGGGCAUCAAUACUACUCGCCUAUCAUGGUUGACUGGGGAAGUUACUAGAUUGGGAGCAGUCGCAUUUCAUGGUGGUACAGAUUACAUGUUAGCUGAAUGCUGGAUCGAGAACAUGGAGACCUAUUUUAAGAUGAUUAUCUGUACUGACGUUGAGAGGUGGAUAGUAGCUACAUUUCUCCUUCAGGAUGAGGCAAAGCAGUGGUGGGAUUUUGUACUGAAGACAAAGGAUGUGGCCACCUUGACCUGGAGAUGUUUUGUUGGACUCUUUCGAGAUAAGUAUUUUCCGGCUUCUGCUAGAGAGCAAUUGGGGAUCGACUUUAUCUCAUUAGUUCAAGGAACUAUGAGUGUCAGAGACUAUGAGGCUCGAUUUUCACAAUUGUAUCGGUUUGUCUGGCCGAUGGAUGCAGAAAAGUUGGCUCGUAGGUUCGAACAAGGAUUGAACUAUGAGAUCAGGGAGAGGAUGAUUAUCCUUCGACUGCCUACUGUGGCAAUGAUAUUGGAUAGGGCUAUAGCAAUCGAGCGGGAACUCCAGGCUUCUCGUGAGGAGUCAUCAAUCGUAGGAGAUUCCCGAGGAAAGGGAAAGGCAAUUGCGGAAGGCAGUGAUGCACCAGGUACUCAGGAUGGGUCUCGGAAAAGACAGAAGACUUGUCAGCAGGCUCCUGUUGGUGUAGCCGCUGAACCUACUUGGAUUGCACCUGUUGGGCAAGCUGUGCCUUUGAGAUGUUUUAACUGCAACGAGUUGGGGCAUGUGGCUAGGAAUUGUGUGAAGCCGAAGUGCAGGAAAUGUUACAAGUGUGGGCUGAAGGGACAUGUUGUUCGGGAGUGUACCCAACCUAAGGUUAUGAGAGAGAGGACUCAUCAGCAGGCGCCAGCUAGGGCUGCAGCUGCACCUGUUAGGGUUGCACCUGUGGGGCAGGUGGCAAACCAUAAGUGUUUCAAUUGCAAUGAGAUGGGCCAUGUUGCUCGAGUUU